GCCCGGUAUCCGGGUAAGAUGGCCGCAGUCGGGGAGUGCUCGCUGCCCGCGCCGUGGCGGCCGGUCUCCCUCACUCACGUCGAGUAUCCCGCAGGUGAUUUCUCUGGCCAGCUUUUAGCUUAUUUGAGUCUUGGUCCAAUAUUCAUUAUUGUUGGCUUUGUAACACUCAUCAUAUUCAAGAGAGAGCUUCACACGAUCUCUUUCUUGGGAGGGCUGGUGUUCAACGAGGCAGUGAACUGGUUAAUAAAAAAUGUAAUCCGGGAGCCUCGGCCGUGCCAAGAAGCCCAUUCUACAGUGACCACAAAAUAUGGGAUGCCGUCCAGCCACUCCCAAUUCAUGUGGUUUUUCUCUGUCUAUUCUUUUCUGUUCCUUUAUUUAAGAAUGCACCAAACAAACAACGCGAGGUUUCUGGAUUUGCUCUGGCGACACGUGCUGUCCAUCUGCCUCGUCACAGUGGCUUUGCUAGUCUCAUAUAGUAGGGUUUAUUUGCUUUACCACACCUGGAGCCAAGUCCUAUAUGGAGGUGUGGCAGGAAGCAUCAUGGCCAUAGCCUGGUUUGCCUUCACACAGGAGAUCCUAACUCCCCUCUUCCCGAGGAUAGCUGCAUGGCCAAUUUCAGAGUUCUUUUUAAUCCGAGAUACCAGCCUCAUUCCUAACAUCCUGUGGUUUGAAUACACAGUCACAAGAGCAGAAGCAAGGAACAGACAGCGCAAGCUGGGUACGAAGCUGCAGUGACCGGGACCAGGGCGCUGUAAUGGACAGACAAGAGCAGAGACCUGGGAGCAGCAAGGAGCCUUUUUACAGACGGACCAAAGGAACAGGCAGGGACCAUACCCAAAACCUGAAAGCCUUUGCUCUGCUUUAGCAGCUAAGCUGGAUGCUCCCUGAUGCAUGUGGGACCGUGCAGGAGUAGAAACUCAUUUUGAACACAGAUGCACAUGGUUGGAUGUACCAUCGUGUCUACGUCAGGGGAGGGGGGAGAAAAUGCCUGGUGUCGUGUUCGGGGGAGGGAAAACCAAAAAUGAAUCCUUUCUGUGACUUUUUUUUUCAGCAUGAAAUAUACACACUAUUUAUUUAUUUUUUUAAAUGGAACUAUUGUUUAUGGGGUGGGUGAGCCGUUGAUUGUGUGUUUUGCUUUUUUUUUUUUUUUUUACUUUUUUUUUGGAAGAAGAUGACAAAACUAUAAUCUCAAGCUGGUCAUGUUUAAUUAGGGCUUCUAAUUCUUACAUGGUUCUUAGGAGGGAGGGGAUCUAGAAGGGGUGACCAAGACAGAAGGAAGAGGAAGACUUUCCUUUCUGCAGUCAGUUUGGGAGAUCAAAAUCAAUUCCAACUGUACUUUGUACAGACAAAAAGACAGACUAUAAAGAUCUGAUUUUUAACACUAGUGACAGUUCUGCAGGGAGUCCUGCACGGAUACCAGUUAAGGGGAGUGUGUGUGUAAAACAAAGGAAAAACACAAAUAUACUGACGCUUAUUUUUUUUCCACUGCUGCUCCUGUUGUGUAAUUAGCAAGAGUGUCCUUUUCAGAAUCUCUUCCAGGUGGCAAGAUUAUCAUACAUAUCUCACAUUUAUUCCAUCUCUUCCUUUAUACUUUUAUUAUCUCAGGGUUGCUGUGAUCUGUACAGCUUUUGUUGUACUGAGUGUGCCGAGGGCACUGGGAAGCCCAUUGGUUAUAAGCAGUGCUGUGCUCCAGUGAGAGUCAGCCCAAAGCCUUACAAAAUUCAGUUGCUGGUCUCUGUCUUAAGCACUGGAUUUUUUUUUUUCCUGUUAAAGCUUAAGGGAGGGAUUUUUAUGAAUGAACAUAGUGACAACCACAAAAGAACAAGGCAAAUGACUAAUAACUAGCUCAGCUGCUCUCUGAAUUAUUCCUUGAAGAGCCCUAUUAGACUCCAUCCAUGAACUCCAAGUAGGGAAUUUAUCCUAGCAGAGGCUCCAUCACAGUGGCUUGGUUGGGGUUCUGCAGCUGUAACCUUGAAUGCUGAACUCCUACCAGCAAGUUUUGCUCUCCAUCCUUCUUCCAUGGCGGUUGUGGCGCUCUGGGUGCUGUGUCUCUGUGGGAGUGUGCCUGCCAUCUCUGUGUGCUGGUGAUGCCUACGACCCCUGUGAGCCAUCAGUGACCUGCCAAGGGCUAUUCUCACAGUGCUUCAGGGCUGUGCAUGGACACUUGCUGUAUUUCUAGUAUUUAAUGCAGCAGUUCAAGUGUAACUACAGAGAAGUAUUUAUUCAAAGCACAAUUGACUUGAACUUUCACAGAUAAAGGACAGCUUCUGAACUGGCUCAAAGGUCAUCGGUGUGCCUUCGAUGCAGUCAUGAGCAGAGGUAAAAUGACUGUCACAUCUCAGUCUUGCUGCUUGUUUUACUAUCUCCACUUUAAUCAGACUCCUGCAUUAUGAAGCUGCUUGAAGUCAGAUUUUUUUUUUUCUGUUCAUCCUGGUUAUUUUUUUUUUUUUAAGUUUUCAUCUGUGCCUGUUGCUAUAGGAGUUUGUGUGUUUGUGUGGAGCUGCUGUUGGACACUCAGAGUGUAAACUGUAGAAAGUGAUCCUGAUUCAGGAGAUCAGGAAUGAAGGCUGUUUAAAUUUCUGUGUUUAAAUAGCUACGGGUAGUAAAUUAACUGUUUUCAGUUGGUACAGCAAGUAUAUAUAUAUAUAUAAUUUUUUUAAGAACUGUUUAGCAUAACAUAAGCAAUCCUGUAACAUCUGAAGCACUGGAUGUGCUUUGAAGGUGCAUCAUAAUCAAGAGGCAUCUUGCAGCUUUCAUAAGGACAUUUAAUCUGCCUUAGACCAGCUCUGUUGGCAUGAGACAGGACAUCAGGCAGAUCCCAUGACAUGGUGGUACCACAUGUUUCAGUUUGAAAACUGGUACUUAUGUCUUGCAAAACCAUUCCUUUUCUCUUUAUAUCUUUUGUAAGUGCACUGACAAAGCCAGAACAGAGAUCACACCUCUCUUCCAAGGUUGCUGAAGGAGUGGAUUGUUUCAGGAGUGGCUUAGCACUUCCCCAGCCUCUCGAGCUGUUACAACAGACUGCUGGAAAAAAUAAAUAAAUGGAAACACCUAUUGAGCAUAGGGAAGAGGGUUCAUCUCCUCAUGGAGAGCAGUGCAGUGUAAAAAGCUGUUCCACUUCAUGUUGCCUUCAAACCCAAGCUUCCUACAGUAAUUCUUAGGAGUGAGGGAGAGGAAGAAGAGCUCUUGUAAGACACUGUAAUAAACUUUCCUCUGUUCUCUCUGAAUUGUUUGUAAUCUGCAUCUUCUGCCUACUUUUGCUGUACCUUUUCAGAAAUCUUUGCAAUACUUGAUAUAUGGUAGAAAUUCCUUAGUGAUUCCAUGGAUUUUCUUAACUAAAUGGUGCUGUGCAGGAAAAAGAUUUGAGCUCUGCCUUAUUAUCCUACACUUGUAUGAAAUCUCCUGCCACUAGUUUUCUGAAAUUGAAUGUUUUCUUUGGAAUAUGUGGCUUUGCAAGCAGAUGCUUUCUCUUCCUCCCCUGUACUCAAGGGGGCUGGAUGGAGAUAUGACAAUAAAAGGAAGGUGACAGAA